UAAUGAUAGUGCAAUGGAGGUGAUCAAUUUCAUGUGUUUGGAGAGAGUGUAUUGGAUUGUUUGCGACCAUGGAAUACUCCAGAAGGCGACCAUUUGCGGCUAUUGUGUCUGCAAUCCUUCUCCUACGUUUGAGGCGUAGGAGAGAGAGCAGGCGACGCUUCUGGGUCCAUCCUGUCAUUGCCAACCGACAGGAAAGGGGACAGUUCUGGGCACUGUACGAGACCCUCCGGGCCCAUGAAGACAAAUUUUGGGCAUACACGCGGAUGUCCAUCACCAGCUUUGAUGAGCUCCUGGGGUUGUUGGGCACCCAUUUACAACGUCAGGACACAUUCAUGCGGGACAGUAUUCCACCAGCGGAAAGACUGAUCAUAACUUUGCGCUAUUUAGCUACAGGCCAAUCGUUGACCAGUCUGCACUACGCCUUCCAGAUCGGGAAAUCCACAGCCAGUGUGAUUGUGAGGGAAACCUGCAGCACCAUUUGGCAGGUCCUUCAUGCUGUUGUGAUGGGCCAACCAAACAAGGAGGAGUGGAUGAAAAUAGCGGAUACUUUUCAAAAUACCUGCAAUUUCCCGAACUGUGUCGGAGCAAUUGAUGGAAAACACAUCCGUGUUCUGAAGCCAAUGAGGAGUGGCAGUCAGUUUUUUAAUUAUAAAAAAUACUUUUCGUUUGUUCUUUUUGCGGUAUGUGAUGCCAACUAUUCUUUUCGUUAUAUCGAUGUGGGGUCCUAUGGCAGCAGCUCGGACUCUGCUGUUUUUGGCCAUUCUGAGUUUGGUCAAUUGCUCAGUAGUAAUGGCCUUGACCUUCCCGGAAACACCACACUGCCUGGCACCAGUUAUCCCUCUAUGCCUUUUGUUUUUGUGGGUGACGAGGCAUUUGGUCUAGGUGAGCACCUUAUGAGGCCAUACUCCUCCCGUAAUUUAUGCAUUAAGCGGCGUGUUUUUAACUAUCGCCUGACCAGAGCACGCAGGGUGGUGGAAUGUGCAUUUGGCAUCUUAGCCAACAAAUGGCGAGUUCUGCACUCUCCCAUAAAUUUGAAAUUGGAGACCGCCAUCUCGGUUGUGAAGGCAGCAUGUGCUCUUCACAAUUUUGUCCGAGAAAGGGAUGGCUUCAAUUUUGAUGAUUCGUUGAGCCAUUCCAUGGAGAGCCAGAAUCGCAGAGGUGUGCGUGGGACCACACAUGCUGCGGCCAUUCGGGACCACUUUGCGGCUUAUUUUAUGUCGCCACAGGGGGAGUUACCGUGGCAAAUGCAAGCCAUUUAAUGGUAUAUUAUUUUGUAUUUUGCAUCUGCUCAAAUUGUUUCUGUUACUUGUAAUAUUCAUUUUUCGUUGGUUAUUGUAAUGGGUUAAAUAAAAUAUUUGAAGAGCGAA